AUGAAGCCAACUAUCAGCUCGAGUACAGCCUCUUCAGCUCAGAGGAGAAACAGCACCGGAGGAUUGACAGAGAAGAAGCCGAUCAAAAGACCGGAAAAUGGCACCACAGUCAUCGGGAAAAAAGCUUUCCUUCUACUUAGAGAGGUAGUAGAGGGCUGUCACUGCCUUCUAAUAGCCCGAAAGUCCUGUCACCUCGCGUUAUCUGCAAGGGCUCUAAGUGGCAAAUCAGACUCCACAUCAAGCGCAACUACUGCUACCUCUUCUUUGAAGAAGGCCCCUUCACCUACCUUGGAUAGUUCUACUGCAAGAAGUAGGCUUAAAAGGACGCCUUCAAGUGUUUCUUCUCCACGCACGCCUUCAGGUACAAGUAGCUUCAAGUCGGGGUCUUUGUCUGCAUCGGUGGAUAGAGGCUCGUCUUUAUCGGGUCGAAGGAAGACAUCAACUCCGGAUAGUCGGGAGGCUCGAUUCAUGAUGCUGCCACAGGUGGACGUCAAAGCAGGAGAUGAGCUGAGACUAGAUUUACGGGGCCAUAGAGUUCGUAGUCUUAGUGCCACGGGGUUGAACUUGUCACCGAAUUUGGAGUUUGUUUAUCUCAGAGACAACCUGCUGUCAUCUGUGGAGGGAAUUGAGAUAUUGAAGCGAGUGAAGGUUCUUGAUCUGAGUUUUAAUGAUUUCAAGGAGCCCAGAUUUGAGCCUCUUGGGAAUUGCAAGGCCCUGCAGCAACUUUAUCUUGCUGGGAAUCAAAUUACAUCACUUUCUAGCCUUCCUCAAUUUCCUAAUCUGGAGUUUUUAUCUGUUGCUCAAAACAGGUUGAAGUCUCUUGCUAUGGCAAGUCAGCCUCGCCUGCAGGUACUGGCUGCAAGUAAGAACAAGAUAUCAACUCUAAAGGGGUUCCCGCAUUUACCAGUACUUGAGCAUUUGCGGGUGGAGGAAAAUCCUAUACUGGAGAUGCCUCAUUUGCAAGCUGCUUCCAUAAUACUUGUUGGCCCUACUCUAAAGAAGUUCAAUGACCGAGAUCUUUCGUCAAAGGAGCUUGAAAUCGCGAAGUUAUACCCUCCCCACACAGCUUUAUGCAUUAGGGAUGGCUGGGAGUUUUGCCGUCCAGAGCUUGCUGCAGACUCAUCCUUCUCAUUCCUUCUUGAACAAUGGAAGGAUCACUUUCCCCUAGGUCACGUGCUUAAAGAAGCCUUCGUUGAUCCACCUUUUGAAGAAGAUGCAUGUCGCUGCCACUUUAAACUUGUUAAUCCGAGCUGCGAUUCUGAGUUGGUUCUUAGAUAUCAGUGGUAUGUUGGAGACAAGACCCCAACUAACUUCGUGGCUAUUGAUGGUGCACUAGGCGAGGUAUACAUGCCAAGACAUGAAGAUAUUGGAAAAUUCCUGAAGGUCGAGUGUGUUCCAGUAUUAGAGGAGACAGAGUACCCCUCUAUAUAUGCUAUAUCACCACCUGUUUCUCCGGGGACUGGAUACCCGAAAGUUUUAAACUUAAAGGUGACUGGUGACCUUGUCGAGGGAAAUGUGAUAAAGGGAUCUGCUGAGGUUGCAUGGUGUGGUGGCACACCAGGGAAAGGUGUAGCAAGUUGGUUGAGACGGCGCUGGAAUAGUAGUCCUGUUUUGAUAGAUGGGGCUGAAGAUGAGGAGUAUCGGUUGACUGCAGAUGACAUUGAUUCAAGCUUGGUUUUUAUGUACACCCCUGUAACAGAAGAAGGGGCCAAGGGAGAACCACAGUAUGCAAUGACAGACUUUGUUAAAGCAGCCCCACCAUCAGUCAAUAAUGUGCGGAUUCUCGGGGAUGCUAUUGAAGGGAAUACAAUUAAAGGACUUGGGGAAUAUUUUGGAGGAAAAGAGGGUCCAAGCAAAUUUGAGUGGUUGAGAGAGAGCAAGGAAACUGGUGGUUUUGUGCUAGCAUCAUCAGGUACCACUGAGUAUGUAUUGACCAAGGAAGAUGUAGGACGAUGCCUGAAAUUUGUUUAUAUUCCUAUCAAUUUUGAAGGGCAGGAUGGGGAAUCAGCCUCUGCAAUGACAGAGAUUGUAAAGCAAGCGCCGCCCAAAGUGAACAAUUUGAAGAUAGUUGGUGAUCUUAGGGAAGGGAGUAAGGUUACUGUCACUGCUAUAGUUACUGGAGGAACUGAGGGAUCCAGCAGGGUCCAAUGGUUCAAAACAAGUUCACCAAAGCUCAAUGGUGAAAAUGACCUGGAAGCUGUUAGUACGUCCAAAAUUGCAAAGGCAUUUCGUAUUCCCCUUGGUGCUGUUGGAUGUUACAUUGCUGCAAAAUUUACUCCUAUGGCUCCUGAUGGUGAAACUGGAGAACCAGCAUAUGUGAUAGCUGAAAAAGUUGUCGAAACUCUUCCACCAAGCCUAAAUUUCCUGUCAAUCACUGGUGAUUAUUGUGAGGGUGAAAUGUUGACUGCGUCAUAUGGAUAUAUUGGGGGUCAUGAAGGCCACAGCGUGUACAAUUGGUAUCUUCAUGAAACAGAAAGUGAUGCAGGAACAUUGAUACGUGAGGCAUCAGGUCUUCUUCAGUAUCGCAUGACGAAGAAUGAUAUUGGCAAGUUUGUUUCAUUUAAAUGCACUCCUAUACGCGAUGAUGGUACUGUUGGUGAACCAAAAACUUCCUUUGGACAGGAACGAGUUCGUCCAGGAAGCCCAAGAUUGCUUUCUCUCCAAAUAUUGGGUGACUGUGUUGAAGGAACCACACUGAUUGCUGAGAAGAAAUACUGGGGAGGAGAAGAGGGUGAUUCAGUUUUUCAGUGGUUUUUGACUAAUUCUGAUGGUGAACAUAGUGAAAUUGAAGGCGCACGAACUGCAAGAUAUACUUUAUCACGGGGUGAUGUUGGCUCUCAUGUAUCUGUUUCAUGUGAACCUGUUAGAAGUGAUUGGGCACGAGGUCCUGUGAUGCUUUCUGAACAAAUUGGCCCCAUUGUACCUGGUCCACCAAGUUGCCAAUCACUCGAAUUUGUAGGUUCAAUGGUUGAGGGAGGCCGCUUGAGCUUCAAAGCCACAUACAGUGGAGGUGAAAAAGGAGAUUGCACCCACGAAUGGUAUCGAGUAAAAGAAAAUGGUAGAAAGGACAAACUAAUUGCUGAUGAGUUUCUUGAUUUGACUAUUGAGGAUGUGGAUAGGUGCAUUGAGCUUGUUUUCACGCCUGUGCGGAAGGAUGGAGUAAGAGGAUCUGCAAAGACUGUUGUCUCAAGUGUCAUCGCUCCUGCGGAUCCAAAGGGUACUAAGCUUAUGAUUCCAAGCUGUUUUGAAGACAAGGAAGCUGUUCCCAUAAAACAUUAUUAUGGUGGGAAAGAAGGCACUGGGGAGUAUAUAUGGUACAGAGUCAAGGAUAAAAUUGAACCAGAGUUGCUGAAUAGCAUUAUUGCUUCUGAAGAUGCUCUUAUUGUUGGGAAGACCUUAACCUAUACACCUUCGCUUGAUGAUAUUGGCUCUCAUUUAGCUCUUCAAUGGUUGCCUACACGUGUUGAUGGAAAGCUUGGAGAACCACUUUUUUCAGUUAGCAAUGAUCCAGUCAUGGCAGCUCUCCCAGUUGUUUCUGAUGUUUUCUUAAAGGAAAUAAGUUCUGGCGUUUAUGCUGGAGAAGGCAAAUAUUAUGGUGGUUAUGAAGGAUCAAGCUUGUAUAGCUGGUACAGGGAAACUAAUGAAGGGAAUCUUAUUCUUAUUAGUGGAGCAACUUCUACCACUUACGAAGUUACAGAUUCUGAUUACAACUGCCGUCUAUUGUUUGGCUAUACCCCUGCUCGCUCGGAUUCUGUUGUUGGGGAACUCAAAUUGUCAGAGCCAUCCAAUAUAAUUCUUCCAGAACUCCUAAGAAUUGAGAGAUUCUAUUUCAAUGGAAAAGAAAUUGAAGGAGGAAUACUUACUGCAGUUGAGGUUAUUCCACAUAGUGAGAUUCAACGACAUAUUUGGAGCAAAUACAAGAAAGAUAUUAAAUACCAAUGGUUUUAUUCAAUAGGAACAGGAUCACAUCAAUCAUUUGAACAAUUGCCUUCACACUGCUCUAGCUCAUAUAAGGUCCGAUUUGAAGACAUAGGCCGUUGCCUGAAAUGUGAAUGCACUGUUACAGACAUGUUUGGAAGGUCAAGUGGACCUGUUUCAGCAGUGACCUCUCCCAUAUUACCAGGGAUUCCCAAAAUUGAUAAGCUGGAAAUUGAGGGAAGAGGUUUCCACACAAACUUAUAUGCUGUUCGCGGUGUGUAUAGUGGAGGAAAAGAAGGAAAGAGCAAAAUUCAAUGGCUCAGAGCAAUGGUCGGAAGCCCUGAUCUUAUCUCUAUACCUGGUGAAAUUGGGAGGAUGUAUGAAGCUAAUGUAGAUGAUGUGGGCUACAGGCUCGUAGUUCUUUAUACUCCAAUUAGGGAGGAUGGUUUAGAGGGGGAGCCAAGUUCUGCAUCAACUGAACCAAUUGCCGUUGAGCCAGAUGUUUACAAGGAAGUUAAACAGAAGACGGACUUGGGAUCUGUAAAAUUUGAGGUAUUGUGUAACAAGGAUCCGAUGCCAAAGAAGGGAGCCGGAGUUGGAAAUCUUGAGAGAAGAGUUCUAGAAGUUAACAGAAAAAGAGUCAAGGUUAUAAAACCUGGUUCUAAGACGUCUUUUCCCACUACUGAAAUUCGGGGAACUUAUGCUCCUCCUUUUCAUGUGGAGCUUUAUCGAAAUGACCAGCACCGGUUCAAAAUUGUUGUCGACAGUGAGAAUGAAGUUGACCUGAUGGUGCAAACCCGGCACAUGAGGGAUGUAACCGUCCUUGUUAUGAGGGGACUUGCACAGAGAUUUAACAGCACCUCCCUCAAUUCCUUGCUCAAGAUAGAGACAUGAACUAAACGGGAACUGUUUUAUUGUGCAGAAAGUAUCAGUGUUGGAGUUUGACAGGGUUUGGGUUUGUGUUUGUGCAGUAGUGAUCAGGUUGCAUCUCCACUUUUUAGAGGUGAAGAGUAUUUGAUGUAAAUUAAGAUGUGCUUUCUUCACAAGGGUUGUGUGUGUACUCUCUUCCCCCUCAACUUGAUUCAUACCAUGUGUAUCAUCAAAUUAUUUUAUUAACAUUUACCUUUGAACUA